GCCUGCGCGGAAGGACGGAAAGGGUGUCAAUUUUUUGGUGGAAUAAUAUCGCCACGACUUCAACCAUGGACAAAAUGAUUCUACUUGUAUUUGCUUAUGGUGUCCUGUUAAAUUCAUGUGUUUUUGCAUUCACAGAACCGAAACAAGGUUAGUUCUUUCACAUAGCGUGCGCGAAGCGUACAUUGUACAAAAAAAUACCCUUGAUUGCUUUGGCCUUAGAUAUUAACACCGUAUUCACGUUGCGUGUACUAAUAAUUAAAAAGCAAUUGGAUUAAUCGCGCACGAAAAUCUUUCGCGUUUACAAGGCGUAUGUACAGCAUUUGUAGCGAUGAAUGCAGAGAUUUUGAGAUUUUCUGAUACGCGGAGAAACGAAUUCAAAGAUUAGAAGACUUUGCCUUACGUCGUAUGCUGAAAAAUAAUGACAGCAUUUUUGUAAUGUAAUGCGUUUUAAUAAUUUUGCAAUUGUCGUCUGAGGGUAGUUUUUACCGUAUAGUAUAAAAGAUGAGUUAAUCCUUGUCAGCGACUUAUACUAAGAUUUUAAUUGCAUUCAUAAUGUAGGCAUAGCGAUUAAAAUAUAGAAAGACUAAAUGACCAUGCAAUAUAGCUAAAAUAUACAGUCUGGAAAUAGCACUCUUCCUCAGAACAUGUUUUCGUGUUUUUCAUGUUGUUUGCCCCCAUUUUAUCAAAGGUUGCACGUUUCCAGUGUUAUCCUAAGUGCAACAGGCGUGUGCAAUGGACCAAAGGGUCAACCCUUCAGGAGACAGCCAUACUAUAAUUCUAUGUCGAGUCAUUUGAGAAGACAAUUGAGAUUAGGUGAUAUACAUCUCUUAUGUAUCGCACUGGUGUACCGGCUGGCCCAAUGCUGUUCAAAACAGAAUCACACAGCGCUGAAACGAUCCACAACCAAUUGCACUGUGUGAAGUAUGUUUUUCCAAUCAACAUCAAAAACCUUAAACUCAAAUCAUGCCAUUUUUCUAUAAAUUGCAAGCGAAUUCCAUGAUGUAUACAGCAAACACCAUUUAGAUAUAAAUCUACCUCGAUAACGCAAAUAAAAACAUUUGACGGCCGACAAAGAAUAGUGCCAUCUCAAAGGUGAAACACAUUUGAUACAAUUAGGCUUAAAUUUUAACAUUUAACCCACCUGAUCGACGAUUGAAGCAUAGUAUUCAUUUUACAAGAAAAUAACAAGUUAUUUCCAAACGGAAUUCCAAAUUUCCACAAACAGCACAUUGAUUAUCUAAGCGGAGAUCUUGGCUAACCACCCCGGAAAAUGGUCAGAAUUUCUACACCCUAACACCUAACGCGUGAUAAGUUACUAAAUUUAGUCCAUGCGUGUUAUUUCUUUUGGCAACUACGGUUGAUAAAAGGUCAAACAAGCAAAUGGUACAUGAAACGGGUGUGCUGUCUGUAUCGUACGGUAUACUGAUAAUCUAAAAUGUAUAUAUAUAAGAACAGAUGGGUUUUCGUUUAGAAUUCUAUAUAGUAACAUAAAAUAGUGUCCAUACGUCUUAUUUCUUAUGCCAAUAGUCGCUGAUAACGGGUCAAACAAACAAAAGUUACACGAAGCAGUUGUGUUGUCUAUAUCGUAUAGUACAGAUAACCUGAACAGUUUAUAAAAGAACAGAUUGGUUUUCAUUUAGAGUUUUAGUAUGAACAGAAACAGCGCAGAUUAAUAGGAGAUUACAACAAAGGAUUUAUCGUAUCUUGCAUGUAAACCUAAAGACUAGUCCUCUGUUGAACAUAGUCACUUUGUUGAACAGUACGGGCCAAGAUAGUCAUAGUCACUUUGAACAUAGUCACUUUGUUGUCAAAGCCUUCUAAUGCUAAGCUUUUAGGAUUACAACCUAAACUACGUCAUAUAUGUAAUAAAAACGUAAGGCAUGCUGAAUUUUUUUUAUACACCACCAAAUAAGUGCCUUCGUCCGUCUGAGGAUAUUUGACAUUUCGAAGACAAAAGGAUUUUAGAUAUCCUUCAAUACUUCAUGUAAACUCGCCAUAUGCGCAACGCUGUUCUUUUUACAAAGAGACGCCUGGGUACGAAGCAGUCCUUGCACUAUUCACCUCCGGACAAAAACAAAAUGGCUUCCCGUUCCGUUCCGGUUACAGAGGAGCAAAUUUUUGUACCAAACGAAGCUGUGGUUUCGCACAAAGUCAUGUUUACCAGUGUGUAUAGAGGAAUUCUUUAACUUCUAAUGAGUAAAAUUACUAAAAGCUUGAAAAUAUGUUUGUUGUAAAUGUUUUGUUUACAAUAUUUGUUUGUACAUUAAAUUUGAACAUUUUUUGUUCAUUAUGUUUAUGAACUAUUAACACUAGACAAGAAACAAAAUUUCACAUAUGAUUUCAUAACAUGUGUAUAUAUAGUCGGUUCCAAUUCCACAUAUGAAAUAUUAAAACAUUUCACAACAUAUGAAAUUAAUUCAGUUUCACGGCAUAUAAAUCUUUAAUUUGAAAAUUCUAAAUUUCACAUAUGGAAUGACCGUUUCCACAUGUGAAAUGUUCCAAUUCAACAUAAAAUUUCACAUGUGAAAUUAUGUGUGAAUUUUAUGUAAGGGAUCGAGACCCUUUCUGGACCUUUAUAAGUCGAACAGUUUAGAACCGAUACAGCAAUCCAGCAGUUUAAAUAAAUGGGCUAUACGCAGUAUACAAUAUACCCAGUCCUCUCCCACACCGUAUAAUCUAAAUUUCAUACGCUCUUGAUUAGGCGCUGUAAGACUUGGUGGGAAUAUAUAACAUACAUAAUGAUUCAUGCUGGGUCAGUCUCACAAUAUGCAGUGCCGAAAUACAGUAUUGUAUACAGUAUACCCAAUCAAUCCUGGUCAGCAAAGAAGUAUCUCUGCAUGUACUAGAAUGAUUUUCGUAUAUAUAUAUAUAUAUAUAUAUAUAUAUAUAUAUAUAUAUAUAUAUAUAUAUAUAUAUAUAUAUAUAUAUAUAUAUAUAUAUAUAUAUAUAUUGAAGCCCGGAUCAAAUGAAGAUGAGAGCGCAGUACUCCACGAAAGUCAUCAAAACACUCAUCAAACCUGUAUUUUGUUAAUCUAGAGCAUCAUAUACUUCGUGACUCUCAAACUCUCAUCAACUCUCAUUCUCAUCAGUUGACCGGAGCUUAAAUUAAAUUUUGCAUUUUUCUUUUCUUAAUUUAUUUAAAAUAGUUCAUGCAUGCUCGGAGAAAAUUAAAGGCAUUUUAACGACCAUCAAAACCACAAUAUUAUGUUUUUAUUCUUUUUUCUGUGUUGGUGUUAUGUACUGAGGUGAAUAUGAUGCUUGUGAUGUUACUCUGAGUGUGCAUCCACACCGGACAAGCUUGGGCUAGUAUUCCAAAGGUCGUAGGUUCGAUUCCCACCGUGGCCAGGCAUGUUUUUCAAGCUUGUCCGGUGUGGAUAUACACUCAGAGUAACACCACAAACAUCAUGUUUUUAUUCGUUUAAUUUAAAAACGGGAAAAACGAUAGACUGUUUGUUUACCAACGUAUAUUUCUACAAGGUUAAUUUAAAAACACCAGAGUCACAAAUUGUGGUUUGGGCAAUUCCGGCUGACUCACGCAUGAAUAUUAUAGAGGGCAAGAUGCCAGUCUGCCACGCAAAAUAAUCAAUCCGAAUUCCGGAAUUUUGGGGCUAAACAUAGUUUAUUGUUUUGUUAAUUAAAUUGUCGUCUUAACCCACCCAUGAACUAGAGCUCGCAAAUACAGCAUUUCCUUUCCUGCCUUAAGUUAAACAAAAUUCUUCCGCAUCAUUCAUAAAAGCUUACUAACAGGUUAUUAAAGUCUUACAUGUACAGUUUACAGUAUUUCUGACACUUGUACAUUUAUGAUCAUACGUAAAAACACGCAAAGUCUUAUAAAAAACUCACCAUCAAAAAUAGCCAUUCUCUCCCAUUGAGAUUUUUAAUUAACGUGUCACUGGACAACCCAUUCACAUAAUAUGGAACAAUCAUAUUUCACAUUGUUUCUUAAAUUUUCUGACGUGCGAGCAGUUAAUCCAUCUACAACGCCUCAAAUCCAUCGUGCUAAAAAUACGAAAAUAAAACGGUGUUAAAAUAUUUUCUUUAUAUUAUGGUCGAGGUUGGUAUAAGCGUUCCAAAUUUGGCAAAAUCCGCUUCCAAAUCCGCUUUUGCAGGCCGUAGGCAGAUGAAUUAUUUAUUUGCAUUUUUCUUCUCACAUUUUUUUAACACACGCUUCGGCUCUUCACUGAAUCAAUCACUACAAAAAACUCAUGAUUUAUUACAUCAUACUGUUUUAAAGGAGUUAACGAGUUAAAGUGAUUAACUCGACACGUGUUGCAGCAGAAAGCUUAUGAUGCAGUUCAACCUGAUCGAGGCGAAGGCUUUCUGUAUAAGGGCGUCUCUGACAGCCACCUUAUAGACAUAGUCCAGCGGAAAAGUAAAAGAUCAUGCACGUUGUGAAGAAAGCACCAAAUUCACAGGAAGUGUAGACUUUAACAUGAUAAUGAAUCUUAGAUAUGGAGGCAUCACCAAAAUUGAUGCUGACGGCUUAAAAUUUAGGAUUUCUUAUAUUCUCUUAUUACCUCUAUUACUGUUUAAAAUUGUGAAAGUGCAGGUUCACAUAUAGCAAAAAUGACUUGCAUGAUUAGAAAGCUUACAAAAAACUACAUAUAAGACUUUUAAACGGCUGAUUGAUUUUCCAAGCAGUUUUCCAGUUUUUGCUAUUUAAAAACGUGAUAAAUAGGCAGAAAUCCCGCCAAAGUCCUGGACACUAGCCCUAAAACAUAUUUUCAACCGCUCAUAACUCCAGAGGAAUUGGAAAAUCAAAGUAACUGCUUAAAUGUCUUAUAUGCAGCUUUUUUUUGUAAGCUUUCUAAUGACGCUUGUCAUUUUUGCUAUAUGUGAACCUGCAAUUUCACAAUUUUUAAUUGUAUAAGAGAUUAAUAAGAGAAUACAAAAAAUCCUAAAUUUUACGCCGUCAGCAUCAAUUUUGGUGAUGCCUCCAUAUCUAAGAUUCAUUAUCAUGUUUAAGUCUACACUUGCUCUGAAUUCGGUGCUUUCUUCACAAAGUGCAUGAUUUUCUCAAAUAUCUGUGCAUAUCCGCUGGACUAUUAUGACUCAUGUGUGAUCACAGAGCAGGUGGAAGGGUCAGUUAGGGGCUUAUCCCAAUCCACAUGAUCCUCUAAAUGUCAUGAUUCAUGAUUCCGCAGCGAGAAUCGAACCCAUGACCAUGCACUGAAAGGCGCUGGCUUUAAUUGACGGUAUAACUUCUCAAAUUAUACAAUGUGUAUAAAAAAAACCUGAACCCUUUCAAAUUCAAAUUAGCUAUAACGUAUUGUAGUAAUUUGACAGCUCUAAUUGCUUUAAAUUAAUGGUUGGAUAAGAACACUAGGUCUUGUUCUCAUGGGACAAAACUCAAAGAAAUAAAAAUUAGAAAAUUUAAAAGAAACACAGUAUUCCUUGUGUUCUUACCCAACCAUUAAUUCAAGGCAAUUAGAGCUGUCAAAUUACUACAAUACGUUAUAGCUAAUUUGAAUUUGAAAGGAUUCAAUUUUUUUUAUACACCCUGUAGAAAGUAUUUAAUUAAUAUCUUAAUUUAAGAAUUUAUUUUAACUUGGGCAUUUGCCCAAGAACCAUCAAUUAGUUUCAUUCCAAUGUCAAGUGUUGCAUGACCUAUGCUGAAUGCAUGGUAUAUCAUUAUUUACCAUUUAAAAAACAGAUUGGCUGUGUUAAAAUGAUGUUCAUGUGAUCGGUUGAAAGUGUUCGGGUAUAAUAUAUAUCAAUGAUAUAUGUUGUUUAAGUUGUUUCGUGCAUGCUUCCAAUGGUAAACAAAUACUUAACAAGAGAGGCAGGAAACAUAUAUUGCAUGGCUACACCAUAGGCACCCAAGGUCGAUGACUUGUGCAUUUUUUGAAAUCCUUCUCAAUAUUUCAUGGGCAAAACAAAAAUAAUCAGUCUACUGUAUCGUCGUCUUGAUAUACUAAACGUUUAAAAAUAUUACCUGUCGGGUUGAGACUACAUUCACACAACGUCGUAUAGAGGUUUGAAAACGGCAUAGAAAAGUCACAAUUAGUAUACUUUUUUGUACCGCUUGCAAACCAAGCAUCUCAGGUCUCAAAACAGUAAAUUUGAAUGCUUUUCGCUUAAAUUUUUUUGCCCUAUUUGAAAUCUUAUGCAGAUUGUGUUUCGUCUACAGUAAAACCCCGCAUAUAAGAACUUAAAUUUAAGAACAUGUUCUAUAAGCUAAAAUAUUUUAUAUAAACCCCCUUUAGGCUUUACGUAAGAACCUGUUCAGGCUAUAGAAUUUCAAAACAGAUUCUUAUAUUAUCAAAUAGAGUCAAAAUCAAGUCAUAAGUUACGAUCAGUGUAGCUUUAAAGUGCAUAUAGAGUUGGUAUAGUGCAUGCAUAUAUACUGUCAUUUUUUAGAUCAUUUGGUAUUGGACCAUUCUCCAAUUAACCAAAAUUUUGAUCUCAACAAGUCUAGACAAAAUUCCAUGAUAGCAUGAAAAAGCAUCACAAAAUUAGUAAUAUUCCAAAGUUUCGUUGCGAAAUGUUGUAAAAUGCGGAUAAUAUAGCCUUGCGAAAUUUGCAAUUUUCGAUUAUGUCAUUUUAGAUUACAAACGGGAAAUGGUUACCACUUUUCCAAAAUUUUGAUCUUAACUAGCCUAAACAAAAAUUUCAUCACAGCUUGAAAGAGCAUCACAAAAUUAGUAAUAUUCCAAAGUUUUGUUGCAAAAUGUUGUAAAAUGCGGAUAAUAUAGCCUUGCGCGAAGUUUGCCGUUUUUCAGUCAUUUUGUAUUACGCACGGGAAAUUGACAGCCCAAUCGGGUGUUGGGGCAUCAAUUUCAAGUUUGUAAUACAAAAUGACUGAAAAUUGCAAAUUUCGCAAGGCUAUAUAGUAUCCGCAUUUUACAACAUUUCGCAACGAAACUUUGGAAUAUUACUAAUUUUGUGAUGCUCUUUCAAGCUGUGAUGAAAUUUUUGUCUAGAUCAAAAUUUAGUCUAUAAUGCAAAUGGUCCAUUGGGGAAUGGUCCAUUGUGCAUAACUGAUUUAUAUAAAUCACAUACCAUACCUCCCUAAAAUAGUCGCUUUGCUCUUAAGAAAAUAAGAACCUAUUUAAGAACCUGUUUACCGUAAUUUCCUGGUAAGCACCAUAAGAACCUGUUUAGGCUAACUUGGAAAAUCCAGGUUCUUAUUAUAUAUACGCGGUUUUACUGUAUUAUCUAAUCUUUCACAACUAAAAAAUUUAUCUAUCACCAAUGCUUCGUCGUAGGAAUGGCCAGGAAAUAUGAUACGCAUUGCUCGUUUUUGCACUCUUUUCAGUUCAUCAGAAUGGUAUUGGAGUAACGAGUUCCAAACUUCGCAACUAUAUUCCAAAAUCGAACGAAUCAGGGCGAAGUACAUUUUAAGACGGUCAGCUGGUAGAAUACCGCUCCGUUGCAAAAUUCUGAGAAUGUGCAAGCGUUUGGAACCUUACGCGAUUAUCGGUCGAAUAUGUUCGUCCCAAUUCAUUAUAGAGAUACAAAAACUAUGACACUGAAAAACACUUUGAAACAAAUGCUUUUUGGUAUUUCAACUUGCAUGUAUCUGUUCACCGGUACCAGAAACCCACUUUAUUUAAUGCGAAUAUGGAAGUCUUAAUCGGAUGUAUAUAGAUAAUAUGCUUUACUUCAGUAUUAUGCGAUAAUGGUGUAAUUUCCUGAUGCAAAUUAGGCAAAACUCAGCCGAAUUUCAGGUGGUAAUUUUUGGCAUUAAAGUUUUCCAAAAUAGCACUAAUUUAUCAUUUUUUACCAAUGCCACAUAUCCGCCUGUGAGUUUUAAUUGGUUUUAAAUUUGGAAUUUAUAAUCUUCUUGUUUGUGAAUUUCGUUGAUUUACAUACUGCAUAGACAACACGUACAAGGAUGAAAGAAUUUAGCGUUUAAUGCCAAUAUCCCAUCUUCAAGGCCUAUGUCUAUGAAAUGCCAGAAAAUCUUCAUUCGAAUAUUGACUGUUUUGUAUGCCCUCGAAAAUAUUGUAGCGAAAUUGAUUUUUGUUGUGGAAACAAUGUUCGCUGGAAUUCCCAAAUUUGAAAAGCAUGGCCAUGGUUAAGGAAACAAUAUUUUUUCAAUGUUGUUUUAUUGGCCGAAGGGCUAUAGCUUUCCUAGCCGGCGUAGCUGACAGUUUAAUUUCCAGGGUUUGAGAUGUGGAAAAAUAGCUUUUCAAGGCAUCCACAUCUUCAUUAUAACAAUUAGUACAACUGUAAUUUAAUUAACUGGAGAUGUAAUUACUGAUUAUUACUAAUGAAUUAGUAAGGACACAGAGAGCCGUGUUCAAGUCGCAGUUGAUGUUGUGGAAGAUUGGUCGAAGGCAAAUGGGCUAUCUCUUAACGCUGAGAAAUGUAAAGAACUGAGAAUCGAUUUUAAAAAAAUUAAACAACCUUUUGAUCCUGUACUGGUGGGUGGAGAAGCAUUGCCUAUAGUUGAGAGUGCAAAAUUAUUGGGUCUUGUUAUGACAGGCACACUUCAGUGGAAAGAUAACAUCAGAGAGAGUAUAUAAAGAAAGCUAAUAAACGCCUCUAUUUUAUAGUAUUAUUGAAACGGGCAGGCGUAAAUGUCAAUGAUGUUUUGAACUUUUAUUGUACAGUGAUCAGGCCUGUGCUCGAGUAUUGUGCGCAAGCCUUCCAUCAUUCCAUCCCAAAGUAUUUGGCAGACGAACUUGAGACUGUCCAGAAACGUGUGCUAAAAUUUUAUCUCCUGAAAUGACAUAUUGUGAGGCCCUUGAGUAUUUUAGACUGCCUACUCUAUUUCAAAGAAGAGAGGACAUGUGUGACAAACUCUUUACGAGUAUCAUCAAGGAUCCAAUGCAUAAACUUCAUCAUCUGCUGCCCCCGAAGAACGAGACUGAUUAUUCUUUCAGGACGAAUCGGUAUUUUAAUAUGUACGUUACACGCACGAACCGCUUUUAUAACUCUUUCAUCCCUGCUAUGUGUAGGAAGUUUGUAGGAUAGAUUUUAUGCUUAUUUUAAUCGAAUUUUGAUCGAGGGUGGGUUUUAUAAUAUUGUAUUAAUAAUAUAUUUAUAUGUAGUCAAUGUGAUAAUAUGUAAUCCACGCAAUUCAGCUUCUGGCUGCAAUGUGGUUUCAAUUUAAUAAUAAUAAUAAUAAUAAUAAUAAUCAUGCAGUGUUAUAAUUAAAUACAAUUGUUCGUAAUCAAAGCUAAACAAAUUAAUUCAUACUAUAAAUUAUUUACCAUAUUGUGGUACCAUACAGUAUUUUGUGUCAAAUGUAUAACUGAUGCAUGUAAUGUUGAGCUGAGCAACAAGUGAUGUUGAUUAUUCAACAACAAAUCACAUGGUCAUUUUUAAUUUUGGGUACGUAGCAAAACUGUCAAGGUUUUGGCCGCGCUGUAUAAUACUGUAUAAUAAAACAUCAAAUUCUCCGGGUUUUGGGACUGAACUCUCACGGCUGAACAAGCAAAUCUCACGAUAUUUCAGGAAAAUUAUAUUAUUGAUCAAAUUUAGCAUCUUUGAAUGCAAGGAAAAAGAUUUAUGACUCCACAUUUUCUAUUCUUUUCCAAUUCUUAAUUCGACGAAAAACGUAUGCGUAACAGAGGACUAUAAAGAAACAAAUGUGUUCCAAGAGGCUCAAGGCCAAGAGCGUAUGGUAUCACAUUGCUGAUUUAGAUUAUGCUGAAAAAAUAGAAAUGGUGGCCAUGUAAACACGGAGUGAUAGCUUAUACGUGUAAAUAUUGAAAUGUUUCGGUUGUUUCGGUAGUUUUUAUUGAAAUUUUUCAGCAUAAUCAGCACUAUGAUACGUUACUAUGAUACCGGUAAUAUACUAUGGGCUAGCAACUAUAAAACAAGAUUAAAGUCAGUAUCAACGAUACAGAAAAAGAUUCUGAAAAUAAUAUCAUUUUUGCCUUAUACUUUCUCAUCUUCAACCCUUUUUUCAACGCUAGAAAUACUAAAUAUUAAUAAGAUAAAUGCUUUUCAAGUUGGCUUGUUCACAUUCGACGCAGUAAAAAAUACACUACCACCUCAAUUUGAUUCACUUUGCAUAAAAAAACAAUGUUAUUCAUUGCCAUAAUACCAGAGGCUCUAUGAAAUUACACAAACACUACAAUAAAACAAACUAUGGACUGUAUUCCACAAAAAACAGAUGCACAGUAGUGUGGAAUAUGUUGCCGGAAUACAUUAAAAAUAGCGAUAGUAAAUACAUAUUUAAGUGCAAUCUAAAAUUAUAUCUUCUUUCUUCUGAAGAUUAUUAGUAAAUGUAAAAAAUGUAAAUAAAAAUAAUUUAUAACUUUAUAAAGUUAAUUUGUAUUAGUGGAUCUCAUAUAUCUUGAACCUGACAUUAUCUGACACUAUUCUCCUUUGUUAUAUUAGUUUGUUUUUUAAAUUUUUUAGGGUGGACUACUAGAAAAGCCCUGACGGGCUUGUUAGUCUUCCUUCCAUAUGAAUUGUAUCUUAGUUAUAUUUUAUCAAAACUGUAACUGUAUAAUGGAAAAAUAAAAUAUCUAUACUUCCCAUCAUCCCCUGCAGGCAUAAACUAAAAGCUAGAAUUGCCUAUUGUCAUUUACUACUGCAAAAAUAGCAUUCUAGAAAGAACAUAGAAGACUCAAUAGAAGUCGCAAACUUACGGAUGGGGCAUGUCAAUUAAAUGACAAUGAAUUGCAUGUGAUCAUACUCCCCCAUUCUGUUUAUACUGGCCUCGGUGCUUAGAUAACCUCCUGGUUUUUAAUAUCUGAACUUGGCAGCUAUGUAAACGUACAAUGCAAAUCUACAAGGAACCUAUUUCUCGGUAGCGUUAAUUGAUACAUCAUACAGCGAUAGGUGAUUAGAAUUUCUAAUUAUCGAAUGAACAGCCAAUUAACAGAAGAAACUAAUCAACCAAGUAAUUGUUGUAUUUAUAGCCUGACCGAGGAAAGAAUCGAAGUAAUUUUGCACGUUAAUUUAUUUAAAGUAGAUCAUUUUACUUUUACAGUAUAAAUAAUGUCCCAUAGAUUUGAUGCAAACAAUACUUAACCAUCACUCAUCAAAUGUCACAAAAAUGUAUCCAAAAAAAACAGACGUCCUAUAGUUUACUUACGACAUGAGUCGAAAGGAAUUCACACUACAAGAUUAUCCAUUUUUUCUGCAGUAAUUCCCAGGUGUGUUAAGUCGCUUGGGCCACCUUGGUUUACUUGUGUCUCGAUAUCCAAUAAUCAGUCAUUCGAAUUAUACAAAAGUAUAAAAAGAUUCUAGCGUGGUGUUCGUGAUAGAUGAAUGACAUGCACCUGUUUAUAAUUAAUUAAACUGACCACCCUUAGGGCUGCUGUACUUUCUUCACAAUAAUCACAUCAACAUAAUCAACAUAAAUACCAGUUUCGCUGCCAUCACACAUCGCGAGACGUAUCAGAAAUAAAAAGCUCAACCACUAUAAGUUUUCCUCUGCGGAGGACACUGUCAGUCAGUGUAACUGUGUAACGCUAUUAAUGCUAAUGAGGCCAUGCAUCACUGAAUCUAUCCUUGAAUCUACUUCUCUUAAUCCAACCCAUGAGGCAUCCGGUCAACACUUAUUUUAAGGGGUGGGGAUACUAAUACCCAAGACUCUCGAUAGACCGUCCACUGUUCUUUCUUUUUUAUAUUUAUUUAUUAAGCUAUUUACAAUAUUAUAAUUACUAUAAGGGCUAGGAGCCUACUAGAAACAUUGACAGGCUUUUUAUUUCCAAGGGGACUCGCCGAUUUCAGAGGUGACUUUCAAUCCAGUCUCAAUUAGAGAGCACUCCAGUUCUGAAAUGCAUAAAUUAUACAAUUUACGCAUUCAAAUUUUAUCAAAAUUUAGUCAAUUUAUUCUUGGGCAAUGUCCAUUUAUAAUAGUCCCACAUUAGUAUUUCGUAUUAAUACGUUUGAGUGGUUUGACAUUUUUUAAGUUAUCGUGUUGAUAGACAAAGACGCACACACACACACACACACACACACACACACACACACACACACACACACACACACACACUUACAUACAAAUGCGGAAUGCGAAGUUGAAGUUUCAAAUGUGCCGUUUCCAGCAAGAUCAGCGGCUACUUCGUGCUCUGUAGGUAUCGGUCUGAUAACACUUUGUGUCUUGUUGCCGCCAGGCUUCGUAUCUGCACGUGCCAGAAAAGUUGCUUGCAUGCAUGCCAUACCAUCCCAAAAUAUUCCGAAUUUUAUUGCGAAGUAAAUAAACAGUGUGUGAAUGAUAGUCAAAUAAGUUGUUUUUACCCAAAACAAACAAAGUAAUUUAAUUAAAUUAAGGAAAUUUCUAGAUUCAAAAUACAUCGCAGCAGUAACUCGCAGUGGCAAACUUUAUACAGUCUUAGACUCUCUUACAUUCUUGGCGUUGUUGAAUGAAUUGAAAGUUUAACCAUUCCCUCUUUUUAAUGUAGACACUUCAGCGUCAGAAGAAGAAAGCCAAUACCCCAAAAAUGCAUUCUAUCUUACACUUGGUAAGUAUUCUAGCAUUUAAAAAAAUUUGCCACGGCCAAUUGCCUCACGUAUAUGAUUUAAAUACUUGGUUGUAUGCUUACAUUAGAGAGUUUGAGCAAGACAACGAAGUCGGACGACGACGACGUGGUUGACAAUUUUUGCUUGUCUUGCACAUUACCUUGCGCAUUCUGAGUUUAGGGUCAGGAGUGAAGACAGAUUAGAGAUUCAUGUCUAGCUGUUUGUGAAUGCUGACUCAAAUCCUUAUCCUGAUCAGAACAAAACAAAACAGCGAGACAUGAAUCCAUAUCCCGUCUUCGUCUUGUGCCUUCGUUUACAACGAAUAUUUUGGCAAAUUUCGUUGUGAACUUGUUCUGCACGAAGGCAGAAGGACAAAGACGGGAUUUAGUUUCAUGUCUCGCUGGUUUUUUUCUGGAUCAGGGCAAGAAUUAUGGUCAGUAUUCAUAAACAGCGACACAUGGGAAGACACGUUGAGCAACCACUAGUGACGUCCAACUCAGUAUGCGCAAGAUAAUGUGCGGACGGCAAAAAUUGUCAAAUAUGCCUUCGUCUUCGUACUUCGUUGUCUUGCUCAAACUCUCUAUUAGAGAGUUUGAGCAAGACAACGAAGUUGGACGACGACGACGUGGUUGACAAUUUUUGCCUGUCUUGCACAUUACCUUGCACAUUCUGAGUUUAGGGUCAGGAGUGAAGACAGAUUAGAGAUUUAUGUCUAGCUGUUUGUGAAUGCUGACCCAAAUCCUUACCCCGAUCAGAAUAAAACAGCGAGACAUGAAUCCAUAUCCCGUCUUCGUCUUCAGCCUUCGUUUACAACGAAUACUUUGGCAAAUUACGUUGUGAAACUCGUUCUGCACGAAGGCAGAAGGACAAAGACGGGAUAUAGUUUCAUGUCUCGCUGUUUUUUCUGGAUCAGGGCAAGAUUUAUGGCCAGUAUUCAUAAACAGCGACACAUGGGAAGAUACGUUAUGCAACCACCAGUGACGUCCAACUCAGUAUGCGCAAGAUAAUGUACAUACGGCAAAAAUUGUCAAGUAUGCCUUCGUCUUCGUACUUCGUUGUCUGCUCAAACUCUCUAUUAAAGAGUUUGAGGAAGACUACGAAGACGUACUUGACCUGUUUUGCCCGUCUGUGCAUUAUCUUACGCUUACUGCGUUUGGGAUCACUGGUGGUUGCUCAACGUGUGUUCCAGUUGUGGAUUCCGCGUGUGUCGCUUUUAUCCUUACCCUGACCUUGACAAAACAGCGAGAUAUAAAACAACACAAGCCCGUCUUUGUUCUUCUGCCUUCGUUCGAAGUCCACAAUGAAUUUUGCCAAAAUAUUCGUCCUGAACGAAGGCAGAACUCGCAGAAGAGCGAAGACGGGAUAUUGAUUCACGUCGCGCUGUUUUGUCUGGGUCAGGGGAAGGAUUACGGUCAGCAUUCAUAAACAGAUGGACAUAAAAAUAUAUAUCCUCAACUCAGUAUACGCAACAUAAUACGCAGACUAGCAAAAGUUGCCAAGUACGUCUUCGUACGUCGUCGUAAUCAUAGAUAUUAUAAACGAAUAGAGUCAGGUAAACGAAAGGAACAAAUUACAGUGGUGUAACUUUACUUUCUUGACCCGGCACUCCUCAGGGCAAGUUGGACAUGAAAAUUAGUUGCCUUGAAUAACAUUUACUUGCCAUCAGACAAUGGCCACUGGGGUACCAUAACAUUUACUUGCCAUCAGACAAUGGCCACUGGGGUACCAUAACAUUUACUUGCCAUCAGACAAUGGCCACUGGGGUACCAUAACAUUUACUUGCCAUCAGACAAUGGCCACUGGGGUACCAUAGUUAGGUGGCUGUUAGUAAUAUGGCUAUGUGCAGAUCUAGCUUUGGCCCAAAAAAAAAUUUGCAUCAAGUACAUGCACUACAAAAAAUUUAUCCGACAAUGAAAACAUAAACUUAAAGAUGCCCAGCUUUUUGUGGCAAGGCAACUUGCCCAAUUGGGCAAGCAAGAUAAAACGUUUACUUGCCCGUCAUGAUAAUUUACUUGCCCUGGGCAAGCGGGCAACGAGAUUUUAGCCAAUCAGAGAGCGUUAUUUGCCCCUAUUGGGAAGCUUCAAUUUGUCCUUCGAUUUUCCCUGAAUGCCCACUCUAUUUGCUGUCUAGCACAAAUUCUUUGUUAUCAGAACAAUGGUAGGUCCUGGCUCAGUUCGAAACCGCACGGCUGACUUUUUAUAGGGAGACGUAGACGGAGUUUACUGGCCGCCUAUUUACCUUAAUCAAUCUCUUCAAUUUUUAUUCAAUUAUCCACAAAUUGGCAACUAAUGAAUACAAGGAACUUCUCGUUUUUUUCGCUUCCAGAAUCCAAAUGCCGUGACAGAUACAUAGAUUGUACUGAAGAAUAUUGCUAUCGCAUAAAAACAAGUUGGUGGAAGAAAAAAAUGAGAAGACAAUGCAAAAGGACAUGCGGAUAUUGCCGUAAGUAUAAAUAUGCCCUUGUGGGACAACCUAUCUUAGCAACUUAUUUUAGCAUAAACUUUUUGUUUCAAAACCCUUAAACUUAAUCCUUAAAGAAAAGUUUUACUCAUAGAGGGGCUACCCUAUGGAACCGGUCGAACUCGCUAGAGCUCAAUCUCUCGCCAAAUUUAACAAGAAUGAGUGUACUUAUAUCAACUUAUCUAACGCGAGGAAAAGAUCAAAAUGGCAGGUAUGGCUGUGAUAUCAGCCGUUCCGCACGUUGUAACCAAUAAUUUAUUGGUGCUGUAAUGCCACUGUAUAUGCAAUAAAGUAUUGGGUUGUAAUGGGUCUACGAUUAAUCCAAACGUUAAUCCUAAUCCAAACCCUAAUCCCUAACCCCUAGCCCCCACCUCCUAACCCCACACCCUAACUCCAAACCCUAAAGCCGGCGGCCCGCUACCCCUCCGCCGGGGAAAAUUAUCUAAAAUAUAUAUUAUCUUGUUAUCUAAAAUUUCUUAAUAAUUGUAUUAUAUUAGUUUCUUUGCAUAUGUAGUCUGUAACUCUUGUAAAUAUUUUGAUAUUUAUUUUUUAGAAAUUAGUUUACUAGCAUAGGUACACGUCUCCAUUGAAGAGCACAUAUUUUAACUUGUAAAAUGGAUUCGUGUUUUAAAUAAAGAUGUCAAUCAAUCAAUUGAAAGACUUUGAUCAACUUUUGAGCUCUAUAAUCUAUAUAUACCCGUAGCAAAUUAAACUUCAGUCAUUCGGCACAUGAACAGAUUUACAUCAAUUAUAUUUUCAAUUUUCUCAGUUAAAACUAACCAUAUCGCUUUCGGAUUGUGUUUGUAAAUCAGGGCCGCUUCAGACGGCGUACUUUCUAUAUGUGCCGAACUUAAUUGACGAAUUAGGUACGGCAGAAGAGCGACGGUAUGAAUUAAUUAUAAACUCCCAGCUAAUUCCAGUUUUUUUCUAGCGGACCGUAUCGCUAAUCAAGUUAUCAUUUCAUAAAACCAUAGUACUAUUCUUUAAAUCGAUGUCAAAAUACGAAAUUUCUGUACACUCCUUGGCAGCUUUGUGUUAACCGCGCAGACAAGAGAUAAGGAACUGACGUCCAAACAGUGAACUCUAUGUAAACUGGAACGAUUACUCAAGCGGGUUGAAGCCAGUGCAUUUUAGUUUUUCUGAGUUUUGAACAAAUACUUAACACCGAACGUUGUGCUGUAUAUCAGUAUAUGAAACUGAAGCUAUUGAAAAACGCUAUUUGGUGUAGAAAGACUUUAGCCUAAAAGGGAAUUAAAAACUAUAAAAAUAAUUGCCAAUAAUUUGCCAUUUUUUGGCCGGAUGGCAGUUGUUUUUGUAUUUUUAAAAUAUUUUUUAUUUUCACUGAAGUCUUGAAGUUUACACACCGAAUACUACAGUUUGACAUAAUUAUAACCAAACGUUUGGGGUCAAGUAUUUCAGUUAAAAACUCAGAAAAACUAUUUUGGCAUCAGCGAAUCAUACGCUUUAUCAUAGGAGUUAUCGUUCCAGUUUACAUAUAGAGUUCACUGCGUCCAAUAGCUCUUCAAUUUCUUGUCUUCACUUUUUGGUCUCGAGUUCUCGCUCCAGUUAUACCUAUUGAGCUCAAUAACAGAGCACCACUUAUGCAUUUAUCAAUUUUACGUUGCUAGGCGCCCUAUCACCACCAGCUUGUUUCAACUCUCAAUAUGGAUGUUGUUGGGAUUACGUCACUGCAGCACUCGGCCCAGGAGGCAAGGGAUGCCCGCCGUGCGACGACAAUCGUCGCUAUCCUAAUGUGUGUCGGCGGUUUAAGACGUAUUGUCUAAGAAAGGGAAUCAGUGGCAAAUGGAUGAGAGGGCACUGCCCGGACGCUUGUGGACAUUGUGGUAUGUACAUGCAUGCGAGUUCUCACUGGCUUAGCUUGCCUUGAUGAAAAACCUUUAUAGAAAACCUUCAAGGUUCGAUAUUAGGGACCGGUCGUUAUUUAUGGCGGGGGGAAGGGUGGGGGGGGGGACGCCGAAGAGUAAUUUUGUAAAAUGUUUGCUAAUCCAACCUUUAAAAAGUCAAAAAAAUUUAAAUAUCAAUUGAAAAAUAAAUACCCACCCCUGGCAAAAACUUUACGAAAGGAUACCGUUCAGUUGUCGCACAUGUCCUAAACCGCUUCUGUGACAUGAGUUUGAUACCAGUAACCGCUUGCGCAAUUUUCUGCAGUCUAAAGUUUCAUGUUGUCGGUGCAUGUACUUUAUUUGUAGACACCAUUUGCCUCCUGACAAAUCGGGAAAUGAUCAAGAUAGUGACUCCGAUUGAUUUACGUACUGUAUUGACAUAUGACUGUUGGCAUUGCUUUUUAGUCUUCAAUAUUUCAGUGAGCCAUGCUUUGGAAAUGACAAUAAUUUUUUAUUACAUAACCCUUGGGUUGUUUUGUUUUUCACUUACCCAACUUUUUACUCACUCAAAUUUACACUCACCUCUUUUCAAUCCUUUUUUGUUAAACUUGAAACCGUAGAAUGUGUCCACACCUUUAAAGCACAAAGAAAAACAUAUAACUUCAAUUGAAUAAUGUUUUCUUUCCUUGUAGCGAUAUGGCAAUUCAAAUAAAGACAACGUCAUGCACGAAACAAGAAUUCAAGUAUACGUAAAAUGGGAAGGGAUGUUUAACAAGUGUGCUCAAAAAAGAAAAUGACAAUCAUAUUUAAAACACGAGCACAGAGCAGAUUAGAUGCGGAGUUGUCAUCAGUUGUGCUCCCUAUAUAAUCUGUCUUCCCGGCCAUGUUUCCAUUUGGUAGCGGCUGUCGUGAUCAUAUCAUUUCGCCGAUGUGAAAUUGUGCGGACAAUGGAUUAACCCCCGGUCAAACGAUGAUAUAAGGGUUGUUUACUAUUUACAUGGAAAUUCUGGUGAUUCCAUAUGAAAAGUAAUUGGAACAAGUAUAUUUCGACGGCCCAACCGGAACUUUUCCGGAAUAAACGGUUUGUUUGAAAAGGUUGUCCUCUCUUACCGAUUGGAACGUUUCAACCGGUGAAUUUUGUUCCAUUUACAUCUUUUUAAUUUUUUUCACCAGUUCCAGGCUCUUCGCGAUUUAAUUCAAACCGGAUGGGUUUUCCAUGUAAAUGGUAAACAACCAAGAGUUGAUGAGAGUUGUAUUUCAAGAUCUAGAUUAUUUCUAUUAAUAUACAGGCGAUAUUUCAAGGUCUAGAUUAACAAAAUAAAGGUUUGAUGCGGGUUAUACAACUACGAUUUAACUUGAAUAAAAUACAUGAUAGUGUUGAGCAUUAAGAACAGCUAAGGGACCGGUCAUUAUUUAUGGCAGAAGUGGUACCGAAGAGAAAUGUUUUUCUUUGUAAAACAUUUUGUUGAUCCAACCAUUAAAAAGUAAAAAAGAGACACCAUUUGCCUUCUGCCAAAUCGGAAAAUGAUCAAGAUAGUGAUUCUGAUUGAUAUUAUAUUGACACAUGACUGUUUACAGUGCUUUUUUGUCUUCAAUAUUUGAGUGAGUCAUGUUUUGAAAAUGACAAUAAAUUUUUAUUACCCAACCCUUGAGUUGUUUUGUUUUUCAUUUACCCAACCUUUUACUCACUCAAAAUUUUGUUUACCCACCCCUUUUCUCUUCGGUGCGCGCCACUCCGCCAUAAAUAAUGACCGGUCCCUAACCAAGGUUACUGCCAAAUCUCAUGCGCUCUCAUCCUCCUUUGAUCCGGGCUUUCCAUCGGAUACUUUAAUGAUAUUGUCGCAACAACCACGACCAAAUUGAAACCAAGGAUUAUCGCCGAAUAAAAAAAUUAUGUUAAAAACACAAAAACAAAUAUUAACAUAACACGAAUGUGUGUAAAUAUUAAGCUAGCAUAUUUUAUUUCAAUAAAAAUGGAAAAGAUGCAGAGAAGAUUCUUUUACAAUUUUCAGCAUCAUUAACCGGAUUAAAUACAGUCUUUAUCUUUUAAGUUACAAGUUACUUGAAUCAACUUUAUUACCUCUGCAUAAUUAAAUCAGACUAUGCUCACAUACACGCGUAAAAGUGUCAUAGUUUCAAGAUGUGUUCGCACUGCUUGUUUCCAGUUGUUGACAAGUCUGGAACAAGUUGUUAUCAUCUUGGAACAAGGUUGAUGAGGCAACAAGUUGUUCCAACAAGUCUGACAUCAUCUGCACGUAACAUGCACGUAACAAGUUGGUAACAAGUUCAUGACAAUAAGCUCGUGGCAACUUGUUACGAACAACCUGCAUUAGUCUUGUUGGAACAACUUGUAUAGCAAGUCUGUUACCAUCAUCAACCUUGUAACAAGAUGAUAACAACUUGUUCUAGGCUUGUUACACCAACUGCGAAAAAUUAGUGCGAACACAUCCUAAUAUCGUCGUGACAUCAAUCUUGUUACAACUUGUUCACAUAUAUCUGCAACAACUUGCCCGUUUUUGCGUGUGUCGGUUGAAGGCGCAUGUAGAAGCUUCAAAUCCUUUAUUGUCCUUUUCGACGUCUUCUUGUUUUUAUAUCAGCCUGCACCGUUUCUCUCUUUCCGCUUGGCAAAUUCUGCCAAACGUUCAAAUCAUUCCUCCGAGAUUCAACCCCAUGUCUUUUCUGUACUUCUGCAUUUUUCAAAUAAAUCUCGUUUACAUCCAUCCAGCAAGAUUUUCGCGGUAGAACGACUUUGAGUUCAUCUAACGACUGGCAAAACUCCCCUACAACUUGUUUUUCAAUCCGUUCCGAGACUCUCCGCUCCUCCUGAACUUUAUGUACGUCGAUCCGCGGCGGCGCGGGCGGCAGUUGGGAAAGAAGUCGAACUUUCGUGAGCUCGCGAAGUUUCUUGUGCGCUUCACGCACGUUUCUCGGAACGCUUCCUUCGCAUUUCGCGAUAAAGUCUGCGCUGCAAGGACGCAACGAACGAGCUUCGUCUAAAUGUUUGCUGACUUUUUCCCAAGCUUUACGCUUCAAUUCGAGCGAAGUGGACGGUCGCUUCAAGUCUUCUUUUGUAUAAGAGCUAAGUUUUAUAUAAGGCACAUCGAUUCUAUCAUUUAUUUCUUUUAAUUUUCCAGAAAAAGCUCUGUUCUGGUCGACUUUGUUACAUUCAGGUGUAUUUGACAUUUCGGUCAAAGUGCUUUCAGAAAAACUCAAAGGGCGACUUUUACUCCUUACGCCUUCAAUUCCGGGACAUCCAGACGAAUUUUGAGAAUGCCUUGCAAAAAGUGUCCGUUUCGUCGAUUCGUGUUCCUUUAAAAGCGUUUCGCUUCUCUUCAAGUUAUUCAGAAAUCGUUUUGCCGCUUGUCUUUGGCUCGAUUCAAAAGUUGCAAGCAUGUCUCUUUCAAAAACUGCAAUCGCUUUGCGUCG